GUGCGCGUGUUUGCGUGCGUGUGUGUGACUGCUGGAGAGCCGGAGCCGUAUGAGAUGUUGGCGCUGUCCUGGUCCUCUGCUUCCCGACAUACACUCCCGGCGGCUGUGGAUGCGGUGACGCAGCGCAAGGUGUCCGGUGUGUGUGUGUGUGCUAUGAGCGCUCGCUGCUGACGAUGUUUCGGUGUCCGGUGCAAUGAGCGGCCGCUGCUGACGGUGUUUACGGUGUUUCUGUGCGCGGUGCUAUGAGCGGCCGCUGCUGACGGUGUUUCUGUCCGCCGGUGCGCCAUGAGGAGCGGCGGAGCGGCGGCGGUGCUGCUGCUGACACUGCUAGAGUGUGUGGAAGCUAAGAAGUACUGCUGGUAUUCUGAGGGAGGAUACCCCCUCUUCUUUAUAUGCCGCUCAUAUGAGGACUGCUGUGGAACCCGCUGCUGCAUCAGGGCUCUCUCCAUACAGAGACUCUGGUACUUCUGGCUGCUGCUGAUGAUGGGCGUGUUCUUCUGCUGCAGCGCUGGAUUCUUCAUUCGCAGGCGCAUGUAUCCGUCAGUGCUGAGCGACGAGCCCGCCUUCAAUGUGUCCUUCACCAGACAACCCGUCAGCACACCUGUGUCUCAGCAGCCAGUGAUGCAGGGUUUUGGGGAACCCUGCGUUGGGAUGGGGGCGUCUCUGACUCCCGUGUACUCCGGCCAGAGCCCUGCGGCGGCCAUGAUGAGCUCGUACCCUCCACCGCCGUCAUACUGCAACCACCCGCCGCCAGCCUAUGAUCAGCUGUUCAGUAGCGCAGAGAAGAAGAGCCGCAGCGAGUCUCCGCAGUGAGAAACCACGCUGAAACACCUGCAGGACACACUGCAACAUUACAGAGAGGACUUACACUCAGUUCAUCUGUGCAAAUAUGAGGAAAUGCAUGGCCAAGCUUGAGAAACGGGUCUGAAUACUGGUGUUUUUGGAGGGAGUGAUGAUGAUGAUCUACUUCUACAGCUAACUGCAGUCAUAUAACUCAAGACGGAGUCAAGGCAAAUCUUUUUAGAAGUCUGACGCGAGUCCCUCCACCUCUUCUGACAAAUUACUUACAUUCACAAACGUAAAGGUAGUCCACAAAUGACUACACGUUUCUUCUCUUUUAACCAAACAAUCUUAUUCAGCCUCUGCAGUCAUCAUCAACUCCAGUCAGGAAUCAGCAGCAGCACAGAAUCUGAUUCCUUGCACGGGUUUGAGAAUAUUCAAGCAAGUCUCAAGAUCAAAUGUGGCUCCUGAAGUCUGACUGGAGUGCACUGAACACGAGCUCAGACAGUCCUGCGGUGUGAACUCGGCAUUACAGUGUAAUAUCUGAUAUUACGGGCCAUAAACAGAACUCUGAUGUCCUCCUGGAGGAUUAACGUGAACAGAACUGAACACUGCUGAAGAACCUGCCGGGAUGAAGAUGAAAACUGAAGAUGAGCUCCAGUAAUGAGCGUCCGUCCAGGAGACUGACUCCACAUGAAGAACAGCUUUGUGCUGUAAAUCUGCUGUAGAUAUGAACUCUGCGAGAGCGAGAAUACUGAAGCCAUGCUCACUGCAAGCCAAACAGACACUCAUUCACUUCUUUUACACUUCACCACUAAUCAAGACAUUUCAGGCACAGUUUGGGUUCGACGUCUUGAGGGUUCUCUCCAGUUAAAGGCACAAUGUGUUCGAUUCCUUUCAUGAGGGAAGUCAGGGCUGCUUGAUUAUGGGAAAAAUUAUAAUUAUGAUCAAAAGGACUGUUCAGAGUGAUCCUCUGUGGCCAGUAUGACCCAAAUACACCCGCGUACAUCUCGAUUUGUAAAGAGUUGACUCCAGUUAAAGAGAUAUUCACCCAAAACUCGAAAUUCUGUCAUCAUUUCUGAAUGAAGCGACUAAAUCAUCUAUCGUAGCUUAUUUAGUGAAUACAAGUCACUGAUUUUGGGUAGAGGAAAGAUUAGUUUCUUACCUGCGUCGAUUAGACUUUUAUAAAUGUAAUUCUCUUCUUUGUGUUUGUUUUUCUUCAAGACGAAUUUCCUCAAUAAAGUGUAUAAAGUGACGUGA